UAUGUGUCCAAAACAAAACGAACCCCACUCGGUGUUAGCAUUGUAUCAAGUCACUCGAAGCCUUGAAGUGUGUUUAACUCACUCCACUCUCCAUGGACGCGAAGUCACUGCUUCAGGGUUUUUUUCUUGCACCUUCUUAUCCCCUCCCUCAGCUUUCAAAAACCACCAUGACGACAACCAACUGCGUUAGCUUCAAUUUCAACCACAACCCAUGCCUCAUAUUCGCAAAUAGCUAUCCCACUUCUUCGUCUUUGCUUCCAUUUUCUGUUCACAAUAAGCCCAGAAAAUCAGCAUCUCUGAUUGUGAGUGCCCGCAAGAAAGACAAAAAAGACGAUACCCAUAGCUCCGUACCCCAACCUGACGAGGCCACGGGUUUCUUCCCUGAAGCUGUCUUAUUUAAAAAGAGAUCAGUUGAGGAAGAAGGGAAGCUGCUCCCGGAGUUUGAAGAUGCCGAGGAAAGAGAACUCUUCGAAACGCUGAUGCUUGAGCUGGAAAGUGAUAUGAAUGGUGAAAUAUUACGCCACUAUGAGGUCAUGUACUUAAUCCAUGAGAAGCAUGAAGAUGAGGUUGCAGCUGUCAACGAGAAAAUUCAAGACUUCAUGAGGGAGAAGAAAGGUCAGAUUUGGAGGUUGAAUGAUUGGGGUAUGAGAAGGUUAGCUUACAAAAUAAAGAAAGCUAAUAAAGCCCACUACAUGUUGAUGAACUUCGAGCUGGAUGCAAAAUAUAUCAACGACUUGAAGACUUUGUUGGACCAAGAUGAAAGAGUUAUUCGGCAUCUUGUGAUAAAGAGGGACGAGGCAAUCACUGAAGAUUGCCCUCCUCCUCCGGAGUUUCACACUCUGCGGGCAAAUGCAGAUGAUAACGACGAUGAAGAAUUUGAUGAAGAGUAUGAUGAUGACUGGGAUGGUGAAGAUUAGCUUGAUGAUGAUGAUGGUAUUAUAUACGUAGAUGGUGAUGACGAUGAUGACAUGGAUUCAAGAAAUGAGGCAUCUGCAAAUAUUAGACAAGCAGAAGAUAUAAGAGAGUUGAGGACUGAGAACAUAGGUAGGUAAGUAGGUGUUAUCAUUUUAUUCUUCAUUCUUUUCUUCCUUUGAUUCCAUAGAAAAAUGUACGUAGAGCAGUUAUAAACGUUAUGCAUCUGAAUAUAGGAUGAUAACAUCACUUGGAAAUGAUUUGAGUAUUAGUGUUCUCGUGU